AUGCCGAGCUCCUGGUUAAUCUCUCUUUUGUUGCUCGCCGGUUCAAAGGCCGUUAUCGCCCAAUGCACCACAGAGUCACUCACUUCGAUUCUGGCCAACACCCCCGAAGCUACCGUAAACUUCGUUCAAGCCGUCCCGGCGAACGGCAGCUUCGGCCAAGCAGCGACCGAUAUCCCGUUCCCCUGGAAUGCGACGCAGUUGCCAGCUCUCUGCGCCGUGGGCAUCAACGUCAAGAGUUCAGAGAACUCUUCCUACAACUUCGGUCUCUUUCUCCCGGAUACCACAUGGAAUGAACGGUUCCUGACCACGGGCAAUGGCGGAUAUGGUGGCGGCAUCAAUUGGCCUAAUAUGGGAAUGUUUUCGCAGUAUGGCUUCGCCACAAUGAGCACCGACACGGGCCAUAGUAGCGAUUCGGGUGACGGAAGUUGGGGACUCGACGCCCCGGAGGCUCUCAUCGAUUGGGGAUAUCGAGCAAUGCAUGGCUCUGUGACACUUUCCAAGCAUAUCAUCAACACCUACUACUCCAUCUCGGAUGGUAUCCAGUACUCCUAUUAUGCCAGCUGCUCCACCGGUGGCAGGCAAGGGUUGAAAGAGAUACAGAAUUACCCCGACUCGUUCGAUGGUAUAUCCGUUGGAGCGCCUGCCUGGUGGAGUCCUCACCUUGCGGCCGCGACCCUACACCAAGGCCUCUACAAUCAGCCCGAGGAUGAUCCCAAGCAUAUUGACCCAUCGCUCUUCGCUGGCAUCGUGACCGAGAUGGUGAAGCAGUGUGACCCUCAGGACGGUCUCGUCGACAGCAUCAUAAGCGACCCACAGGGCUGUACCUUCGACUUCGAGGCAUUGCUCUGCACGCCCAGCAAUAAUGCGACCUGUCUCACGCCGGCGCAACUCACAACCGCGUACAAGUUCUACAGCGACUGGGUCGACGUGAACCAGACCUUCGUCUUCCCAGGCGUGACAGUCGGCACCAACGCGGGCGCCCUGAUGGGCGCCGUGUCGUCCCUAGGCUAUUCUUUCUUCCAGGACUGGGUCUACAACGACACCAAUUGGGACUACACGCAGCUCACUUACGCCGACGUUCAAGCGGCCGACGCUGUGAACCCCGGAAACGCGACCGCCGACGACUUCGACCUGUCGCCGUUCAUGGAGCGAGGAGGAAAGAUCAUCAAGUACCAUGGCCAGGCCGACAGCCUGAUCCCGACCAGAAGCUCCAUCUACUUCCGCAAGCAGGUCGAGCAGGCCAUGGCCCCGCAGGGCACCAACCUCGACGACUUCUACCGCUUCUUCCUCAUUCCCGGCAUGGACCACUGCAUGAGCAGCGCGUUAGCGCCGUGGUACAUUGCGGGCGGCAGCCAGCAACUUACUGGUGCGACUCAUUCUGUGCCUGGCUACGAGGACGCCGACCACGAUGUUGUUCUGGCUUUGAUGAAGUGGGUGGAACAGGAUUCCGCGCCCGAGCAGCUCAUUGCGACUAAGUAUGUGAAUGACACUGCUACGCUCGGUGUUCAGAGCCAGCGGCCGCUGUGCCUCUACCCUAAGCAGGCUAAGUACGUCUCGGGAGAUGUUGAUGAUGCAGCUAGCUUCGAGUGCCAGUCGCCUUACUAG